AUGUCGUCCCUGCUCAUCUUUGCAGUCAUCAUCCUGCUUCUUCACCUCCCCUUUGCACUUGUCCUGGUGCUCCAGCAGCGGCGCACUGUCCAGGAGCCGUGAGUUGUGCGCGCCCCUUGCCAGCAGAAUCAAAUCUGAUCAUCAAUUCUGACUUUCCCUGCAGACCACCAGCCAACCCUGUGCCUGUGCCCCGGCCUAUGCGCAUGCUGGCGCUGAGGCCGCCAACACGCAAAACCAGAGAGACACCAUUGUGAGUUGUACCCAGCCUGUCAUCCAGUGCACACCCACUCACGCAUUUUCAUUCUCCCUGCAGACCACAAGCCGACCCCCACCCCGUGCCCGAGCCGGCGGAAAUUCCCGCUGCAAAAGAAGUGUCGUGAGUUGUGCCAUCACGAGCACAUCUAAUGUGAUCCUUGCAAAUUUAUCUGGCAUUUCUGUUCUCCCCUGCAGUGCAAAAAAGUCCCCGGCGGCAAAGCCAAGAGCAAGAGUGAGUGAUCUGCGCGCAACAGGAUUCGCUGCGCUGGUGCUCAAUGUAGUGCACAUCCAUCAGAAAAAAAAGGAACCAGCUGCCAAGGCCUGCUCCACGACGCCGACGCAAGACAAAAAUGGCUGGUUCAGCGGGGAUGAAACGUGGGUGUUGUGCCUUGCGUGCGUGCUUGCAAACCUCUUGCUGAAUGGGGUUGCAUGUUCCUACAGUCCCCCUCCAACAGGAAAGGCUGACUCCGGAGUUACACCAAAAGCAAAAAGAAAAUAUACCAGAAAAAAGUGAAACCCAACUCUGGUGCGUCUUUGUUACCAGGCCGUCUGCAUUGCAUCUCCCUGCUGACUCGCUGCAAUUGUGAUUUCAGACACUCAACAGUAG